UCAGCGAAUUGACGCCGCUGCGCUGUUUGGACCAGCGUUAUCCAAGCAUGUGCCCUUUUUCCUGUCCUACAUUUUACGCAUGAAUCGGGUAUCGCCAUGGACAAAAUUGUUAGGACUACGUAGCAUCGCUAUGGGAACAGUGGAUGGCAACUAACACAGAGAAGGUCUAAUUACCGGACUUUGUGCUGGUGCAGGUUACACGUGAGUCGGAAGCUGUUCCCUACCGGAGGCGCGCGUGCGCUCUCACCACAGCACCGACGGUUCGCAAAGUGGCAGCUCAGGAAACUAUAGACAUCAGUCUAAAGCGCAGCUCCACUGGAGGACACGCACUGUGCAACAUCUCCCUCAGCCUCAUUGUUUGUGGACUGUGGAAUAACAAACAUUCCCCAAAGAGGCUCAGUAAGGAUAACCAGCGAGAGAAAUUAUGGAUGAAAGAAUACCGCAUUUACAGGACAGGCAGUUUAUGGAGCACACCGAUUUCCUGGGGGUGGAUUACCCAUCUCUCUACAUGUGCAAAUCUAAAAGAGGAAUGAAACGCGAGGAUGGUGGGAAGGACGCAUACAAGUUACCACACCGGUUGAUAGAGAAGAAGAGGAGAGACAGAAUCAACGAAUGUAUUGGCCAGCUGAAGGACUUAUUACCUGAGCAUCUGAAGCUGACGACGCUCGGGCAUUUGGAGAAAGCAGUUGUCCUGGAGUUAACACUGAAACAUUUAAACGCACUGACCGCUGUCACUGAGCAGCAGCACCAGAAGAUCAUUGCUUUGCAGAAUGGCGACCGGUCGAUGAAAUCUUCCAUUCAUGCCGAUCUGGAUGCGUUCCACUCCGGGUUCCAGGCCUGUGCCAAAGAGGUCCUGCAGUACCUGAACCAAUUUGAGAACUGGACUACAAGAGAGCAGAGGUGCGCGCAGCUCAUCAGCCACCUACACAAGGUCUUAGCGCAGUUCCAGUCUGGCGCGCCGCCGUUCCAGCACCAGCUACCCGCUGGGGAGCCACAGGACCGUGAUGGACAGAAAGGUGACAGUCAAGCCAACUGUGUCCCGGUCAUCCAGAGGACCCAAGCGGGGGAGCUAACCGAGAAUGACACAGACACGGACAGUGGAUAUGGCGGUGAAGCCGAAAAGAACGAUGGCAAAGAUAAAGAAUUUGAGCGCAAUAAAGCGCAGGGACCCAAGGCAGUAAAGAUCAAGCAAGAGUUUGGAGAUGAUCGCGCUGCCAAAAAACCAAAGAUGAACUGGCCUGGAAAUGGCUUAACAGGCGCAGACCCUACCAGACCAGAUCUGGCGUUUAUGAAUUCUCUGAUGGGAAUAACUGGUGUGGGACAGCAGACACCCAUUUGCAUGCCUUUUUACUUCAUUAACCCCUCAGCCGCAGCGUCGUAUAUGCCUUUUUUCGAUAAAAGUAACCUUGAAAAGUAUGUGUACCCAGCGGCAGCCGCACUCACAUCCCCUUUCCCCUGGUUAUACCCUGGGAUUCCUGCACACGCAUCAGCAGCGGCGGCCGCCGCUGCAGCGGCAGCUUUCCCCGGGCUGUCUGCACACUUUGGAGCCUCUUCUCAAUCAAAGGACUCCCAGUCUCCAGAUAAUGACGGGUCAAAUGAGGCAGAGCUCGGCUUACCUGAGGAGAGAGAGGAGAGUCCCGGGAGUGACGAACGUGACGGUGACGUAGUCGAUACAUCCCAGGAGAACAAGAAUACAUAAUCAGUUUUUCUGCUUGUCAAACGGGCUAAUCUGUCUGUGUUACUUUUUCGUGAAUUCUGCUAAGGAGUUUAUGUACUCUCGUUUUUUAUUAGGCUAGUUUUAUGACAAAGUUUCACAGUAAAAAUUUCUCAUGUAAUAUCUUGGCGAAACAGGGGACAGUUGUGACGGCGUGUGCCUUUUGCACUUAUGCUAGAUUAAUCAAUUUGAAUGAUUAUCGACGAUGAUUGACACUAAUACACGUCUGUGUUGACUGAAGGGCAUAUUGUGCUGGAGUUAGUUUUUUAUCUACUUUGAUAAAAUAUUUUGAAAUGGCAGUAUUGGUGCCAAAACUUUGGGUAAUAGAUCAGUGCGCAAUAUCCCUAUCCCAAUCAAUGAGUCUCUUUGGAUGUAUCAUGUUGCAACUGACCUCUGCCAAGGUUAAUAACAGCUUGGCUGACUCUGACUGUAAAUAUAAUUACCUGGAAGAUAGUCUGAUUCAUUAACAUGUAAAUGUGCACUAAAUGGGCCUAUGUAAUAAGUGCUCGAGGAAGUAUAACGCCUACGGUACCUCAUCCCCGACCCUCCCUCUGGGCAGGAUAACUGGGAGGCUCAUUACUGUCCCUUCUGAAAUGAAAUGACUGGGACCCCCACCCCCUCCCUAAUAACCACCACAACAACCAUACAUUGAUCAUGUUGAAAUUAUGGGAGUAAUGUUUUUUCUGCUCUCUCUCUUCAUGGCAACUCAAAACUCCCACCACCAGUGAACAAGUUCUUAUGUUGAUAGGCUUCAUAAUGGAAAAGACAAACAAAAGCCCUUCAUUCAAAGGCGAGUGCUUGACCAGCAUAUUGUAUGUUCCUCAAAUAAAGCAUUCUGCACAGAGAUGCAGUGACCUGUACCUCCGAUAAACAUUGUACUAAAGUAGGAUAGCACCUUAUAGAUCUUUAAUAUUGAAUGUACCUGUAUUUUCCCAGCUGAUGAAGUUUGUAUGUAGGACGAUCUUUACUCUUUGAGAUGUAAAGUGCACUUUUCUCUGCCUUUGGAAGCCCCCUCCCCACCCCAACCCUCCCAAAAAAGUCACCUUACAGUCAUGAAAGUCAAUCACUGUAGUUCUCUUUUAACCUUUUUAUUGUUGUUGAGUAAUCUUGAAAGAAAAAAAAAACACACACACACAAUAUCCUUUCAAAAGAGAGAGUAGAGAUACAAGAUGCUUUUGUGGUGAUUUGAUGCACUGAAGCAGUUGUUAAAUAAUUCCUCUAAUUCAAUAAAACACUGCUCAUUUCUAGCUCUUAUGAAUCAGGGUAUAUGAUUCAAAUCAUAAUCAGUUUUGAGAAGCCCUGAAUCCCAUUACAUGGCCGCAGUAUCCCUGAAACUCUGUGUUAUAUGCUAUCAUCAUAUAUAUACAACCUUGCUUUUCAAAUACUUGAUAAAGGUGGAAAGGAAACUGUGGUCACAUGACCAGCAGUUGAGGCCAUUGCUGUGUUAGGAUCUUUAGAAAUCUUGGCCUGUUUUCUAAGAGAUUAAUUCCGGCAAGUGUGGUGUUGUUUGGUUGUUUAAGUCCCACAUGAGACUGAAUAGACAGAUGAUUUUCACUUUAUUUUGCAUAUAUGACAUCGCUUUUAUAGUUUUGUUCAGCUGUUUUUGCCUCAAAUCUGCCAUGUUCUCAACUGUUAUAUAAAGUGGCAUGUGUGUUUGUAAAUAGUUUUUGUGAAUAUAAACUACCAUAAAAUAUACAUGUCUAUGUCAAUGUUGUAGAAGUCUAUGGAUUUUUUAAAAAAGAAAAGAUUUAACUGAGCAACUGUUGCACAUUUCGUUAAUGCUUUACACAUGAUGUUCUAAAUUAUUGCUGAUGAGUUGUAAAAUAAAUAUCAAAACC